AUGCCCGACCGACAGAUGCUGCUUGAUCUGGGCCGCGCGCCAUCUCUGACGCGCGAGGACCUGAUCGUCACCGAUGCCAAUCGCGACGCGGCGGCGCUGGUCGAUCGCUGGCCGGAAUGGGCAUCGCCCUUUGCGGCGGUCGCAGGCGGCCCGGGCAGCGGCAAGACGCAUCUUGCCUCUGUCUGGCGGUCGGUGUCCGGCGCCCAUGCGAUGGCCGAUCCGCGGCGGCCCUCUGCCGCCGACCUCGACGCAGCCCAGGCGGGCACGCCGGUCCUGUGCGACGGGCUGGCACCGGACGGGCUGGAUGAGGCGGCCUUCUUCCACCUUCUGAACGCGGUGCGCGGCUCGGGCGGAUCGAUCCUGAUCACCGCUGAGACCGCCCCGUCCGGUUGGGUAUUGGCGACACCCGACCUCGCCUCGCGCUUCCGCGCCGCCACCGUCGCCAGUCUGGGCCUGCCCGACGACGAUCUGUUGCGCGCGGUGGCCGUCAAGCUCUUCGCCGACCGGCAGGUUGCCGUCGAUCCGGCGGUGGUCGCCUAUCUGCUGCCGCGUCUCGAACGUUCCUUGUCGGCACUCGCCGAUAUCGUGGUGCGGCUCGACGAGGUGGCGCUGGCCCGCAAAAUGUCGAUCACGCGGCCGUUGGCCGCCGAAGUGCUGCGCGAGAUUUCACAGCAGGAUCAGGGCCGGCUGGGCCUUUAA